AUGAGUCCUUCUUCACAUACCUCUGGUAAUGGGCUCUCUGGUCGCGAAGACGAUGCGAGGGCCUUGAACUCGACUCUGGAUCUGGAUAUGUUUUCCACGGACGAUCGAUUUGCUUCGCCUCCGACGAAUAUGACCUCCGAGAUCGACCGCCGAUUACAUGAUGUGGGCGUUGCAGCGCUUGCCGCCGUGUCUCAGUAUCCUCUUGCGGUGGAUAAUGAGCAUGAUGAUUCUUUUAUGGUCUCCGAAGUUGUCAACGCUGUUACCAGUGCUGGCAGUCCUCCGGAUUAUCGACAUUUGGACUCGGGGGUUCCUUUGCUGUCGGGACAGCGGGAUCAUUUUCAACGAUCUGGAAGGGGAGAUACGCCUUUGGCUAGACCGGAGUUUGUCUUUGGCUCGACCCCGAGUGGCGACGGCGAUAUGGAAACGAUUGUCCGGGACUUGAUUCACCGCACUGCAGGCCGGCAAAAUAUCGCCAUCACCACAGACAGCGACAUCGAGGAUUGUCACAAGGAUAUGGUUAUGGAUUAUGAAUCAGUUACGAUGGAAGACAACCCGUCGCCCGAGUCAACAUCUGAUGAUGAGCUUGAAGAUUUUCUCCGAUUUUAUCCAGAUGAAGAAGAGUAUUACUAUCAGUGCAAGGAACGCCCUACACAUCAAGCUGAAAUCCCAGACUACGACCUGGACGAUUUUUAUAACAGUAUCAGUUAUGAAGAUAUCGAUGUGGAUCUCCCCCAAAAUAUUGGCGAUGAUCAAAUGGAAUUCCCUGGAGCACACUCAGCAUCUAUAAUCCACACGUCCACAUAUGAGCGGAAUCUUACUAUUGAUGAAUUUAUCCAGCGCUGGAUGGUUUCGAUAAACGUCAUUCCCCAUGGCUUCCAUACGGAAGGUCGAAUUCCACCACAGCUUCGCCCACUUGCAAAGAUGAUUAGCUGGAAACCGCCGCAGGAGAUUGUUCGGCCGUCUGGAUGGAGACGCAAUUUUUACGAUCUACAGCAGAUCCCAUGGUCAGAAACCUUGCGAGUGACACGGUCCGAUGCACGCGCGGUACGCGAUGCCUGGUACAUUCCGUAUCGCAACCUGGAUUACUUGCAUGUCGGCCACGCAAGGCACCUUCCACAACAUGAAACCUUUUUCCGCGAGGGUUCCAUGCACACUUCACACAAAGCGUCUAUUGAGCACUUCCAGCUUCGCAAUCUGAUGUCGACCCCUGCAUCUAAUACCGUCCAUUUCGCUUCCCACUCAAAAGUGUUCUCAUGGACCCCAACAACCGGCGAUGCACAAUGUUUAAUCGACAUGAGCUACCCAGACCCAGAAUCAGGCUUCCUUGGGCCUGUCAAGAUCUCCACCAUGAAAACAGCUCACGGCCUCACUAUCGCAGGUGGGUUCUACGGCGAAUAUGCCCUACGCAGCACCAGCGGAUCCAGCCCCGCCACAAAGGGUCUAGUAACCCCCGACUUCAACGACGGCAUCACCAAUCAUGUAGACAUAGUCCCCAAUCGCACAGGUCCAUCCCCAAGCGGUAUCUUUGCCUCAAACGACAGACACCUGCGCAUCCUCGACACAGAAACAAACAUCUUCACCUCCGACCAAGAGCUCUCUCAACCAAUCAACUGCACCGCCACAUCCCCAGACAGCCGUCUCCGCGUCGUAAUUGGCGACUCACCAGAUGCAUGGGUUAUUGAAUCCGACACGGGUCGUCCCGUCCACCCACUCCGCGGCCACCGCGACUUCGGCUUCGCCUGCGCCUGGUCGCCAGAUAUGCGUCACAUAGCAACCUCCAAUCAAGACAAAACAGUCAUCAUCUGGGACGCGCGAACCUGGCGUCCGCUUGAAACUAUCGACUCUGACGUUGCGGGAUACCGCUCUUUGCGUUUCUCCCCCGUCGGCGGUGGUCCACGUACUCUCCUCUGCACUGAGCCUGCAGAUCGUAUUUCUAUCGUCGAUGCGCAGCUCUUCCGCUCGAGACAAGUGCACGAUUUCUUUGGUGAAAUUGGUGGUGCGGACUACUCGCCUGACAGCGCAGAGAUCUGGGUUGCCAAUACGGAUCAACACUUUGGUGGGUUCAUGCAGUAUGAACGCAGGCAGUGGGGUCAGCGUGUUGGGUUGACGGAUUUACCGAAUGAGUGGCUUACGGAGGAGGAGUUGGAUACGGAUCCUAGGUGUGUUUCGAGUAAGAGGGAGCGGGGACUGAGGUUUUUGAGGAAUUUGUCGGAUGAGGAGCAUGAAGCGUUGAUGCUUUGA